AUGCUAGGUCGUCAAGGUUUUCGUUAUGACCAAGAAAAUACCGCUGUUUGCUAUAACUCACUUGGCAAUAUCGCUCAACAGAAUCAGGAUUAUAAAAAGAGCCUUGAGUGGUAUCAAAAAGGACUUGAGAAAUAUAAACAAGUACUUCCUGCCAAUCAUGAUCUAAUUGCUGAUUCUUAUCGUAGUGUUGGAGCAAUGCACGCACGAAUAGGUAAUACAGAUGAAGCACUUCAAUCAUUAGAGACAGCUCUAUCAAUUCUAAAAACAAAUCAUGAUGAGAUGCAUCCUUUAAUAGCCUUUUGUUUGCAUGAGAUAGGAAAUACUUAUUUGCAGACGAAAAAUAUUCAUGAUGUCUCAAAUAUUGCCCUAGAAUUUCUACAGAAAGCUUUAAAGAUUAAACAACAAGUGCUUCCAGAGAAUGAUCGAUCUAUUGCCACAACUAUGCUUAGUAUCGGAAGCCUUUAUCGAGCUCUUGGUCAGUUUGAUGAAGCCUUAACAUUUUAUGAACGUUCACUAGAAGUUAAACUGAAUUCUUUGCCCAAGUCACACCCGACUAUUAUCGUAAAUUACCAUAUUUUAAGUACCGUUUGUCAAGAAAAAGGUGACUACGAAAGAGCAUCCAAGUAUGCUGAACUUAUGACUCAAUCCGAGUUUCAAUCACUCACUUUGAAGCAACCUGAUUGUACUGGUAUAACAAUCCAUUCAUUCGAUGGAUUAUCUCAAAAUUCUGAUACUUGA